AUGGUGACUUAUCUCGAUGCUGGCAGUUUCGGUGAUGGCUUUGAAGGUCACGGCUGGAAAUGGGCGGGUACCAUCGUGCGUGCUGGUGAGGUGGUGACGAUGCCCGUGGUGGCGCUCAUCGGCUUCUUGGCGCAGCCUCGCCUGAACUACGCGCUUGCUUGCGACGGACUUUUGCCACGUAUCUUUGCUGAGGUGGAUUCCAAGGGCAACUUGUUCAAGAACACGCUCAUCACGGGUCUGUUCUUCACGGUGAUUGCCAUCGUGGUGCCCUUCGAUACCCUCUGGGACAUUGUCAAUUUCGGUGUUAUGAUGUCGUUCAUUAUUGCCAACGUGUCGCUGACUUUGGCGCGUAUGAAGCCGCAGUCGCCCAAGCUUUCUCCUAUCCUGAUCGCCGCGCUCGUUGUGACGGCUGGAUGCACGGCCUUCCUGUACCAGGAGGGAUACGAGAACAAUGCUUCGACUGCGUGUCUUGUUUUCGCUAUUAUCUUCCUCGUCAUCACCGUUGGUAUCUCGGUGAUUCUCUUCGUCAAGUGCCCGCAGACAGCCAAUGCGCCCGGUUUGUUCGCCGCCCCGCUGGUGCCGUUCAUUCCGAUGAUCUGUAUCCUUGCCGACUGGUACAUGAUCGCGCAGAUCGACCACUUGGCUCUGGGUCUUAGUUUCGCCUGGAUGGCUGUCGGCGCGCUCUCAUACUUUGUCUACGGAUACUUCCAUGCCGAAGCACGCGACAACUGGAGCCAGUUGAUGGGUCAGAGCCUUCCCUUGCACGGAGACAGCCUCUCAGCACCCAUGCUCUCGGCCAAGUACUCUUCGGUGCAGGACCUCAAGUCCCCCGCCGUAUAG